AUGCCGGUUCACGACGAUGUAGGGAGCGCGGCUCCUGACGCUGCUGAGAAGACCACGGCCGUCCCGCCACCGUAUCCCGAUUCCCGUAAGGCUCCGCCCCCUGAGAAGCCCUCCGAUGUCAGCCGCCGCUCUCUCGUCAUUCUCUCCUUUUGGGCAAUUGUGUUGUUUCUGGGACUGCCAAUAUGGUGGAUGACUACGACCAUUUAUCGUGCAAAUUUGCCCCUCUCUGGCAUGGCCGACUGGGCAGAUGGAAAGGCCUGUCGCCCCGUCUUUCCCUUGCAAAUCUCUGUGCAAGCAAACAAGCUUCAGGAGCAGGAAGCACAGAACCUGCUUCGUCUCACCCAGCAUGCCCUCGACGAUCUCAACGACUUCUCAGGCCACCAUCUUCGCCUGCAACUUGCCCCUCGCGAUAGCCAUAUCUCGGGUUCCGAAUACGACUCUCAAGUCGCCCUGACAAUACGUCUCAGUCCCGGCGAGUCGACCACGGCGUCUCUGAACCCACACUCUCCAAUUCUCGAUAUUACAUACCCCUCGAAUUCCAUACCAUCCCCGACGUCGUCCUCGUCCGCCCUUGCCUCGUACAUUGCAAGUGAACUACGAUCCACAUAUGCCGAAGAGCAAGCUAUCAUUUCGUAUCUUCUGCUGGCCGCAUCAGGAGCUACCGAUGCGAAGCCACAGGGCGUAUCACCGGAGGCCGCAGAGUCACUCGCUAAGCGCACAACCCGCUCACUUCGAUACUCUCCAACCUAUCACCUCAGCUUCUCCCUAUUCACGAGCGGAUCUGUGCCGAACACAUGGGAUGUAGAGGCGGCAAUCCGGGACUACAUGAAGCCCAUGCUAGACGUCCUCAGUCCCAUUCACAAUUUUACAAUCGACACCCAGGUUCAAUUGUAUGCUACGCCGGGCGCGCAGUCCCAGGUUCUCAGCAAGGACGACCUUGCCUCCUUUAUCAACGCCGCCGAAUGGCCCCUAUCACCAUCCAUCGGCGGUGCCCCGACGGUGAACUUUCUCUUGUUCGUCGGGAACCAGACCAUUGGAUUGGAUUCAGGAUCCGAAACAUCCCAGUCCUGGCUGAUCCCGCAGUGGGGAACAGUCUAUCUGUUGUCACUGCCGUCAACGACGUCACAUGUAUCGGCAGCUACACUCAAGCAGCCGAUGCUGACAUUUGCGGGCCACUUGUUAUCUCUCCUAGGAACGCCCCAGUCGGGUUCCCUUCCGCUGCGACUUUCAACGCUCACCCGCAUCCGCUCGGCAGAUCUGCUGCUGCGAGCGUCGUCGACACUGGGAUCCUUGGCUCGGCUGUCGCUAGCUCUGCCAUCCAUUUCAAUCCCACGGAAUGUGGCUGACGGAGUGGCCAAGACAAUGCAUCAUCUGGAGCGUGCCUGUGCCAGCUUGGGUGGCCCUGAAGGUCUUGAGCACGCCAGAAUUGCCGAGGCUGAGGCGGAACGAGCCUUUUUUGAGAAAAGUAUGGUCGGGCAGCUUUACUUCCCGGACGAGCACAAGAUUGCCGUUUAUCUGCCACUCCUCGGGCCGGUGGGCGUCCCGUUGGUCAUGGGUCUCUUGAACGAGAUUAAGGCGUGGAGAAAGAGGAGGCGAGAAAGUGCUGAGGCCGAGGCCAAUAAGAAAAAGUUGUAA